AUGACCAAUGAUUUUGAUAUGCCUUCUUCUGACAUCGAUGGCUCGAAUGCGGAUCUAUACGCGAUGGACCUUCCUUUAUCGCUCGCCGGUGAACUGGCCGCACAACAGGCGACAACUCAUUGCGCAAAUGUCAGCGGUUCAACAGAAUCGAAGCAUUUAGAACUUCAAGCUACUGCAGAGCCUCCGCCCAGUCCUCCUUUCUUCAAACCAGCAUCCUGGAACGCGAUUGAUGCCACCACCGCGGAAUGGCAGGCCAAUAUGCAGCAGGGGACGCAGCAGGAGAUAGCCGCACAAGAGCUUCGCGCUGUGAAGCGUUGUCUGGACCUGCGACGUAACAUCACUCGCACCGCCGAAAAGAAGAUUUUCGAUUCUGAGCCGCUCGUUGUACCCAGCUCUUGGUCGAUGUCCGGAGUUCCCAUAAAGAGCUUAGUGGAGCAUCCGUUUUUGCUUGAGGAGUACCUGGAAGGCGAGCACUUUUCCCGCGAGGCGAUCAGGAUUCGAAGGGAAUACUUUGAAAUCAAAGACUGUGGCUCACCGGAGAUCAGGCGUCUCGCUGCCAUGGAAGCAGACUACAGAGAAAGCCAGGCGUCACAAUCGUUGCUUGAUGUCCUGCUAGAGGCCAUUCAACAUGCAACGCAAAAGCUCAUCUUGGAGCUUACAGAAGGCGAUAAGACUACGAAGAGACCUGCCUUGGAUCUAUGUCGACGCCUGGUCGCUCAUUCGACCCACACAGAUGAUGAUGGUGAGCUCAUUCAGGCCGUGGAAGCGAUCAACGAUAUGGAACGAGGACAUAUGCAGUUGCAAUACGAUAACGUUCUGGAACGGUCCACGGAAACUUCGUCAACGUCUUCGAUACCUCAUGCAGUCGCUCCACCAGACUCACCACCGCCUUAUGACAUCUGUCUUUUACCAAAGCCAGUGUCGUCGCCACCAUCGGUUGAGAAAUCUCCGCCCAAGGAUCUGCAUCGGCUGCGUGUAAAGUUCCAAGAGAAUGUGGCAUCGCUCAGUUCAGGUAAAUGGAGAAUGCCAGGAAAGAGCCAAUCAAAGCCCUCGCCUAGUUCACGCAAGCCACUGAGUGGUCAAUCUUUACGAGGUAGAAGUCACCACAGAGCCACCGACAUGGGCCAUUUGACACAUCCCAUUGUCAUGAUGGCUCGAGACCCGUCUUCUGUAGCCUCAAGGCCCAUCGACCUUAAACCCGCUCCUCACACCAUAAUUCGCCCUGCGACUUCAAGACCGACGCCUAUCAGGCCGCAAGCAACGCUCUCGCCAGAGUCUUCGCUCGCAAAUAUUGUCAAGAAGCGUCGGGCAAGCCAGGAAUUGGCUGCUACAAGCGAUUGUCAAAUAAACCCGACCAAACGACUCAACAGGAGCGAAUGCGACGGCAACGGAAACUUCACGCAAAGAGAUGAGCGGCAAAGGAAAGAAAGGAAGGAUCAGAAUGACAAACGCAAUAAGCGUACAUUCUGGGAGGAACAGCGGAGAUAUUCCGAGGAUUCAGGCAAGGAAGAUUAG